AUGGUGACCUUUAGGCAGCUUGAGAUACUGUUUGGGUUCACUAUGGAGAAGGUAACCUAUGGAACAUCAAGGAAGAAGAACUCCAAAGAGUAUGGGCUACAAUCGCUGAAGAGGGGUACUCUUCCUCAAGCCCAUCAUCUCACGCACAAGGAUGGGAAGAAGAUCAGAGGAGAUAGGGCACACGCAGGGAACUCAUGCCUCUCCUUGAGCAGCUCCACCUACAAGGUCACAGCUUACAACACUAGGCACCAAAGAGGAAGAAAGCUUAGUGUUGGAGGGGUCAUCACACCAAUUCUUUGUGCAGCAGGAGUUCAACUGGACAAGAGAAGGUCUACUCCACCAGGUUGGAUGGACAUCAAGUUUUGCAAGACCAACCUCCUCAUUGAGCACAAGGAGUUGGAUGGGAGAUUCCAAUUCAAGUUCACCACCAUUGGCUGGACCUCCAAGCUUCUCUGCCCAACCCUGAGCUCACCACAGGUCCUAGGGGUGAGAACAUUGACUUCAGACCCCCUGUGUACACAUUAG